AUGUCCCCCCCCAGCUACCGAAACCUUGCCACGCAAACCCAAUACAGGGUGGAAGAGAACUUUGUCUGUUCAGGCACAGCAGGGCUCUCUGUGAGACGAGUCAUCCCCUUAUCACUGUGGUCCCACAAUGUAAACAGGAAAGAGGUGAUCCAGCAGAAGGUCCACGUUAGACACCGGGUCGUCCACCCCAACUGUUCAGGAGAUACUGUUGAAAAUUACAUCGUGCUGCUGAAGCUGUAGCUCGACACCAAGCUGAGUAAGAAAGUGAGUUUUAUCGCCUUGCUCUAUCACAAUGAGGAUAUGCUACCUGGAACUAUAUGAGUGACUGGCUGGGGUGAGGCAUCAACAACAGGGAGAACAAGCAGUGUAUUGAUGAAGAUGAACCUGAAGGUGCAACAUGAGGAAAUGUGUGAGAUGCCUUUCAAACACUAUUGGUCUGUGCCCAUGAUCUGUGCUGCCAAUGAGAAUGGCAAAACCCCAGCUUUCCAUGGUGAUUCUGGUGGCCCAUUAGUUUGCAAUGGGAAGGCUCACGGCAUUGUUUCUUAUGGACACAGAAAUCACACCUUCCCUAAAGUAUUUACCAGAGUCUCCUAUUUUGAACCCUGGAUACGUGAAGAGCUGAGGAAGUUUGUGCCUCAAGACCUACCUGACUCUCCCUCCUCUGACUAA